AAAAUCUAUGUAACCAAAUAGAAAUAAAAAUAGUAAAAUAUGUGCCAUGUAGUAUUAGUGCCAGCUUGAUAAUAAUAAUUUAAUUUGAGUAUUAAUUCAUUCCCUUAACACUAGGAAUGGAAUCAAUGUUUUUUUCCGUUUCAUUUUAAAGUCUAUCUUCUUUUCUCUCUUUAGACAUCAAAAUAGAAAUUUUAUAUAUCAAUGUAUAGAUCUCUUUUCUGACCUUAGAGAUAAGGUUUUAACAGUAACAACUUCAAACAUGUUGGAAGGUAAAGCUAUGAUAGAAGAUACUGACAUGCCAUCUAAGAUGCAGAUUCAAGCCAUGGCUUAUGCUUCUCAAGCUCUUGAUCUAUUUGAUGUUCUUGAUUGCAAAUCCAUUGCUGCCCACAUCAAAAAGGAGUUUGAUGCAAGAUAUGGUGGUGGAUGGCAAUGUGUGGUAGGUUCAAGUUUUGGGUGUUUUUUCACUCAUUCUAAGGGAACUUUCAUAUACUUUACUCUUGAGACUCUCAAUUUCCUCAUCUUCAAAGGAGUUUGAGCUACUUUUUCUUCAUCUCUUCCCUAUGAUUAUCCUAAGGUCAUGUUUGGUUGUGAAUGAAGUUCCUCCACCAAGGGCAUUACUAGAAAACUGCAGAUCAUUUUCUUCUUUUUUUAUUAGUUGUUUGAUAUUUUCAGAUGGAGAUUAUAUUAGACCCUAAGGUGUUCUGCAUUUGUAGUGUUCAUUUUGAUUUUGUAUAUAUGUUGGGCAUUACUAGAAAACUGCAGAUCAUUUUCUUCA